AUGAUGCACUCCGCAUCCACAUCUGAGGCAGCAGCACAGCCUUGGAAGAAGAGGCAGAAAUCCAGUGAGGGUCAAGACAUCAUAAGCCGCCUAUCUGACUGUAUUAUUGCUCACAUUCUCUCUUUUCUUCCUACUAACUAUGCAGUUCGUACUAGUGCUUUAUCACAGAGGUGGAGGUACAUGUGGACGUUUGUCACAAAACUAUGCUUUAGUGACAACCUGCUUCAUUUUUCUGUUCCCUUUGAGGAAGCAAAAAAUCGCUAUAUUGACUUUGUAUGUAGGGUACUUCUUCUCAACAGUGCAACCAUCCAAAAAUUCUCUCUAGAUAUUUCAGAAAACCUUGACCCCUACCAUAUUAAUCUGUGGAUAUCUGCUAUUUCAAAUAAGAGAGUAAAAAAUAUUAGUGUUUCCGUUCGUUCAUGGAUCAACUUUAACCUUUCUGCUUAUCCCCUUUUCAAAUGUCAGUCCUUGGAGGAAUUGGUGCUAGAAAUGAUGUGUCAAUGUAAUAUCGAAGUUCCCACUUUUGUUUCUCUUUCAUCCCUCACAGUCCUGGACUUGUAUGGAAUCACGUUAACCCUUAAUUUACCGGUACUUAGAAAGUACAAGACAACCUAUUGUAUUUGGUUUGGUGUGAAGAGUGUCACUAUAGAAGCCCCUUUACUUGAAGUGGUUUCACUAAAUUGUAAUCUUCUUUCGCCACCUAAGCCUGAUGACUACGAGUCGCGAGCUGAAAUUAAGUUUUGUGCUUCACAUCUUACGAGAUUCAGUUAUGAGGGUAUUAUACCAUCGGAUAACAUUGUGCUAGAUGCAGACAUCACUUCUACUAGUAUCGGGCUAUCCAUUAGCUUUAAUGGUUCAUGUUUUAUCUAUUGUUUCAACUUCACAUUAUAUGACUGUUGUAGGAGAAAUACUCUGCAUAUUAUUUAG